AUGGCAUCACUUUUUGCAGAGCACACUCCUCGAAGGGAGAUUUCUGAUAGCAGCGGCCGGGACCCCGUUGCAGUCGUUGGUUUUUCUUUUCAAUUCCCAGGAGGUUGCGACACUGCAAAUGCCUUCUGGCAGACAUUGGUAGAGAAGAGAAACACAGGAACCGAGGCACCGAAGGAAAGGUAUAGUUCUGAGAGUCUUUUUCAUCCUGAUACUACACGGAGGGGAACAGUUGGCUUUCGAGGAGGCCAUUUCCUUUCCUGUGACGUGGCUAAAUUUGAUGCGCCAUUUUUCAACAUUUCAGAUACCGAAGCAGCGGCAUUGGAUCCACAGCAGCGCAUGCUUCUCGAGACCGCAUUCAGAGCCCUGGAAAAUGCGGGGCAGGUCAUUGAUCGAGUCGUUGGAUCGAACACAUCCGUCUUCACUGGCUGCUUUUGCGAUGACUGGAAGUUUUUGUCCACGAAGGACGCCGAGCAGUGUGCAAGCCAUACCGCUCUCGGGGUCACUUCCUCCAUGCUUGCAAACCGACUAAGUUGGUUCUUCAAUCUGAAAGGCUCAAGCAGUUUGAUGGCGAUUGAUUUGGCCUGCAAGAGUUUAGUCAGCAGGAAUGCUGACAUGAGCCUCGCUGCGGGAUGUAAUCUCUUGGUGUAUCCGGACAAUAUCCAUACGCUUUCGAAUUUGGGUCUCUUAUCACCUGAUAGCCAGUCAUAUCCCUUUGACAACCGUGCAAAUGGUUAUGCACGUGGUGAUGGCUUCGGCGUUCUAGUACUGAAGCGACGCAGCGAUGCCAUUGCCAACAAUGACAUCAUUCGUGCUGUUAUUCGGGGAACAGGAUCAAAUCAGGACGGUUAUACCACCUCCAUCACCCAUCCCAGCGGAAACGCGCAGGCCGAGUUGAUUAUGUCGACGUACUCUCGUGCUGGCUUGUCGCUCUCCAAGACAAGGUUCGUCGAAGCUCAUGGCACAGGUACUCCCAUAGGUGACCCAAUCGAGCUCAAUGCCAUUGGGACGACCUUCAAAUCACACCGCUCCCCUGACGAGCCACUCUAUGUCGGAGGCGUCAAAAGUAACAUCGGUCAUUUAGGGGGAGCUAGUGGCAUUGCUGGUGUGAUCAAAACAAUUCUCGUCCUUGAGAAGGGCGUGAUACCUCCCAAUGCGAACUUUGUCACACUCAACCCCGAGAUUGAUCUCGAUUUUCUGCGCAUCCGACUCCCUCAAGUGCCGACCACAUGGCCAUCAAAAGGCCUCCGUCGCGCCUCCGUUAACUCGUUUGGGUUCGCGGGCUCUAAUUCCCACAUUAUUCUCGAUGAUGCGUAUCAUUACCUCCUUGAAGCAGGACUGGAGGGAAACCACAAUACCGUUUGUGAUCCAGAAACUCCUGUAGUGGAGCGAUUCCAAAUAGGCGUGAAUGGCCAUUCUCCACAGAAAUCGUCUGCGUAUGCGGUAAAAGACGUCUUAUCCACACCCGCAUCUCUCCCUAGGCUUCUAGUUCUUUCCGCCAGCGAUAAGGCUACUUUAAUGUCCCAAAUCAAGGCUCACACCAGAUUUCUCCGAAACACAGAUGCAGAGCACUCGCUGACUGUUGAAUUUCUUCAUGACCUGAGUUACACUUUAAAUGAGCGACGAAAUAUUUUUACCUGGAGGUCUGCUGCCGUUGUUGAUUCACCCGAACAGAUUCAAUGCCUAGAAUCACUCCUUUCGAACCCCCAGAGGUCCCUCGAUGAGCCUGCGCUGUGCUUUGUUUUUGCAGGCCAAGGAGCGCAGUAUGCCGGUGACCAGCUAAGAUUCUUUGAGAAAUUCGACAUUUUCCGAGACCGGCUCACGAAAGCUGAAGAAUACUUGCUGGAACUCGGCUGCAAGUGGAGAGUCCGAUACGAACUUUUCAAGCCCAAAAAGGAAUCUCAAAUCGAUAACGCGGAGUUCAGUCAGCCUCUUUCGUCAAUCGUCCAAAUCGCUCUCAUAGAUCUUCUCCGCAGUUUCGGCGUAUACCCAAAAGUAGUGCUCGGUCACUCCUCCGGCGAGAUUGCAGCAGCGUACUGCCUUGGCGCUAUUUCCGCGCACUCCGCCAUUAAGCUUGCUUAUUUUAGGGGGUACCACGCCGCUAACCUAGUGUUAUCUGGAGGUCAUCAUGGGGCAAUGAUGGCAGUGUCUCUUUCCGCGCAAGAAAUGGAACCUUACCUCAGCGAGCUUGAGUCGGAAACUGGCCGACCCAGGCUAGCAAUUGCCUGCAUAAACAGCCCUAAAAACGUUACAAUAUCCGGCGAAAGACACCAAAUUGACGAUCUCCAGAGGAGGCUCUCGCAACAAGGAGUUUUCUCGCGGAAACUAAAAGUUAACGUGGCCUACCACUCUUCAUCAAUGCAGACAAUAUCGGAACAGUAUUUCAACUCUAUUGGGAGCCUAGAGAAGGGCACUUCACCACCCCAUGUUGUCACCAUGUUGUCAACUGUGACAUGUCAGUGGGUACCAGAACAAAAGUUGCAGCAUCCACAGUACUGGGUAAACAAUAUGCUGCUCCCGGUGCAGUUCUCGGCAGCAGUUGGGAAUUUAACGUUCGAACCGCACCGCCAGGUGUGGAAACGGUUAGACUGUAGCCAUAUGAAUCAUCCCAAGACAACUUGUUUCCUCGAGGUGGGGUUUCACGGCGCAUUAAGAGGUCCAUUGCGAGAUAUUCUGAGCAUAGUUCCCGGUGGCUCUAAAGUACUAUACGAGACUGUGUUAGUUCGAAAUGAACCACCGUUGAGGUCACUAUUCGAGAGUCUAGCGCGGUUAUUCUGCCAUGGAUGUACGGUCGACUUUAGGGCUGUUAAUGGAGCCAAGGCCGUCCUCUCACGCGCGCCAAAGCUCUUGUGCAACCUUCCAGAGUAUGAAUUCAACCAUUCGAAGGGCUACUGGGAAGAAAAUCGCAUUAGCAAGAGAUAUCGACUUCACCCUCAGGGAAAACUAGACCUCCUCGGAAAACCAUGCCCUGAUUGGAACAAAGCAGAAGCGAAGUGGCGAAACUUCAUUCGAGUGUCCGAGAUGCCUUGGGUUGAGGACCACGUGAUUAAUGGAGAAAUGAUUUAUCCGGGAGCUGGAAUGCUGGUUAUGGCCAUUGAAGCGGCCCACCAGAUCGCCGAGCCCAACCGCGAAAUCGAAGGGUUUGAGUUGAAAGACAUUCGAUUUCUAUCCACUCUCACAAUUCCGCGCACAUCGAAUGGCAUUGAAACACAUCUCUACCUCCGCGAGGUCAGAGACGUAACUAGUUCAGAAAUACCUUGGUCUGAAUUCCGACUUUUCUCUUUUGGAAGAGAAGAUUGGCAUGAAAACUGCCGGGGAGCAAUCCGGGUGCAGUACAAGGCUCAGUUUGAUGAGAAAUCGGGUUCUUUUAAUAGGAGGGACAAGAAGGAAGCGAUAGAGGCUUAUCUGGCCCGCGAAUCCACUACUAUGGCCUUAGAUAGCCACGUAUUUGAGCACGAGGGCUUGUAUUCCUGCCUGCGGGACAGUGGUUUCCAAUUCGGCCCCUCGUUUCAACGGAUUCGGAACGGGAGAUUCAUCGACGAACAGGCUACAGCAGAUAUCGAGCUCUACGAGUGGCCGCAGGGUGCAUUUCCUCAACCACAUAUAGUCCAUCCUUGCUCUUUAGAUGCCAUGCUACAUCUCGCCCUCGCUGCCCUUGCCAAAGGUGGUAGUGCGGCUAUCCCAACCGCCGUCCCCAGCUCGUGUAACAACCUCUGGAUAUCAAAGGACGGACUUUCAACCACCCAGGCGAAAUCAGUUCGAACAUGUGUCUGGAUGGUGGACAGCAACGCACGAGGCAGUGACUACAACCUCUUCGUUCUCGACAAUGUGGGGAAUAAGGUGUUAGCCCAGGGCGAUGGCCUGCGUUUAACGAUUGUGUCCAGAAACACUCCCUCGAAUGCCGACCAAUCCGAUGAGAACCAGAUCUGCCACCAGCUCCGCUGGAAGCCCGAUAUAACCUUCAUGACCUACGAGCAGUUGGUGUUUUACUGUGAGCAAGCUCGGCUGUUGGAGCUCCCGGUGCAGGAAAUUUACGAAGACCUAACAUUCGUCGUGGUGACAGCGUUGACCGGGGCCUUGAAAAAGCUGAAAGAUGUUGACUUGUCAAGUUUGUCAAUUCAUCAUAUGCAUUAUUUUGAGUGGGCUACUAAACAGCUAUCGAGAUGCCGAGACGGAACCCUUCCAUGCUCGAAACCAGAGUGGUCAGAUUUCCAAAGCAAUGAGCCUUAUCUACUUCAGAAAUACCAUUAUGUAAGCAAAAUCAACAAUCUCGGUCGGGCAGUAGUCGACACAGCACAUGAGUUACCACAGAUUCUGCAGGGUCAGACAAGAGCUCUGGCCCAUCUCUAUAAAUCGUUCCUCCGGGGUGUAAACAGCUUCCAGACCUGUUUUUGCGUUCUUGUGCGUUUCUUGGACGCUGUGAGCCAUAAAGGGGGGCAUUUAAAAAUGCUUGAAAUAGGCCUAGACCCAGCCACUAGAAUGCUAACGGAGCAUGAAUUUGCUGAAUACGCGAAGGUGGACUUCAAAGUUUUUAAUGCCAACCAAGAUGCCGCGAGCCAGGGUAUCGAAUCAGGAGGGUACGACAUCAUAUUUGCCGCAAACAUUCUCGCCUUUGCUUCCGACGUCGAUAACGCAUUUCAAAAUCUCAGAAACUUGCUUCGAACUGGCGGCCGCCUCAUAUUAUACGAGUGCACUAGACCUAGUGCUCUCCUAAGAACCUUCAUUACGAGCCUUUUCCCAGGCUGGGGCACCAGAAUCCAGGCGUUAGACAGUGUGGUCUGGGCAACAGCACUUUGUAAGAAUGGUUUUGCCGGUAUCGAUUUAGAGAUUCCCGACUUCCCUGCUCCGGAAUUCCACGAGAACAGCAUCAUGAUCGCAACGGCUGUCAGCAGGACGAACAGUAUAAACGGUAUUUCGAAGCGUGUCAGCCAAACUUCCAGGGUUACAAUCAUCGCGGACCUGCGCUCUGAGUUUCAAAAAGGCAUAGUUCACCGCCUUCAAUCCAUCGUAUCGGAGGACUACGGCGUGAUGGCAUUAUCAGAGGCCACGCAAAUGGAAGGGAUAGGAACCACAUCUUUCAUCUUUCUUGAUGAAUUAGAACACGAGUGGCUAAUAAACCUCUCGGAGGCGGAUUAUGCUGCACUAAGGAAGGUUUUGACGACUUGCAAGGCCUCCCUCUGGGUAACGAAUGGAGGUGGAGUCGUGCCGCAGAGUCCUGCAAGUGGCGUUGCCCACGGUCUGUUCCGUGUCCUCCGCAGCGAGCGUCCGGAAUAUCCACUCGCUACGCUAGGGCUCGCAGUGACUGGUUCGAUAACCGACAAUCAGAUAAGCCAUAUCCACAGGAUUUUUCAAAGCAUCAUCCAGUAUAAUGAUCCCUCAGCACAGGACCAGGAAUUUGUCGAAUUCGACGGUCAAGUAGACACCUGUCCCCCUGUUCGAUUGAGCAUCGACUCUAUAGGGGUUCUGGAUACGCUCCAUUUCAUCGAAGACGAUACUUAUUGCAAACCACUCCAGCCCGAUGAAGUUGAAAUACAAAUUUCGGCAGCCGGCUUGAAUUUCCGUGAUAUUCUCGUAGCUUUAGGACGUGUACCCGGAUCUGAAUAUGGAAGCGAAGCCGCUGGUGUUGUCUCAAGAGUGGGUUCGCUCUCCUUAGAUAUCUCUCCUGGAGACCGCGUCGUUGUAGCAGGGGUAACGUUGCGUACAUUUGUACGAGCAAAGUCGUACAAGGUGCUAAAAAUUGAGGACAAUAUGACUUUUCCCGAAGCUGCAAGCAUACCUACCCAAUUCUGCACCGCUUGGCAAGCCAUUCACGAGCUAGCACGUAUUCAAGAAUACGAGUCCAUUCUUAUUCACACAGGUGCAGGUGGCACUGGACAAGCGGCUAUCCAAGUUGCACAAUAUAUUGGUGCAACAAUAUACACUACUGUAGGUUCAGAAAGCAAGAAACAGCUUCUGAUACAAGAGUACGGAAUACCAGAGUCCCACAUAUUCAAUAGCAGGGAUACCAGCUUUGCUAAGGGUAUAAUGCGCAUAACCAACGGACGUGGCGUCGAUGUCAUUCUCAAUUCCCUCGCUGGUGACAGCCUGAUUGCUAGCUGGGAAUGUAUUGCCCCAUAUGGCCGCUUCAUCGAGCUAGGCAAGAAGGAUAUUCUGCAGAAUUCGAAAUUACCGAUGCGUAUGUUCCACCACAGCACUAGUUUCGUAUGCUUAGAUGGAUUUGGGUUCCACCAAGAUCAGCCGAAGGCGUCGAGGAAGAUAUUCGAGAAGGUGAUGUGGAUGUUUAGAGAGGGUGUAUUGAGACCUGUGAAACCGCUCAACGUUUUCCCGGUAAAUAGGGUGGAAGACGCAUUUCGGUCGAUGCAAGAUGGAAGGUCUGCUGGCAAAUUUGUGUUGGAGAUGGGGAAGAGUAUGGAGAUAAGGGCGACGCUUAGAAAUAUGCCAACCUUUUCAGUUAAUGACCAUUCAACAUAUGUCAUUGCAGGUGGACUUGGUGGGCUCGGACGAAACGUUUCGAGGUGGCUUGUUGACCGAGGGGCAAGACAUCUCCUCUUGCUAUCUCGUUCAGGCGCCAGUACAGAGCCAGGUCAAACACUAUUGGGAGAGUUGAAGGCGUGCGGUGUUCAAGUGCAAGCUCCGCUUUGCGAUGUGACCAAGUUCGAGCUCAUGAAGGGAGUUAUUGAAGAAUGUUCUCAUCAGAUGCCCCCCAUCAGAGGCUGUGUGCAAGGUUCGAUGGUCCUCAGAGAUUCAACGUUCAAUAGAAUGCCAUAUACCGAUUGGCGUGCUGGCACCGAUUGCAAAACCAUAGGUUCGUGGAACCUACAUAAGCUGCUCCCUAACAACUUGGACUUUUUCAUUAUGCUCUCCUCGGCUUCUGGCGUUGUGGGUCUCCAUGGACAAGCGAAUUAUGCCGCAGGAAAUGCGUAUAUGGAUGCUCUUGCCCAAUACCGAGUUUCCAUCGGUCUUCGGGCCACGUCUCUUGACCUUGGCGCGUUGAAGGACGACGGCCUACUUGCAGAGAACCCUGACUUUCUGAACAGAGUUCUCAGCUACGGAGCCCUAAACGGUAUCUCCAGAACAUACUUCAAUGCCAUCAUGGACUACUAUUGUAACCCUUCCCUGCCGCAGCAAACUCCCAUGCAAAGCCAACCCAUCAUCGGUCUCGGUACCGGUGAAGACGGAAUCAUUAAAUCCCGCAAUCCCAUUUUCUGUAAUCUCAAGACUGAUCAACAUGCUUCUUCCUCCAGCACAUCUUCUUCCCCGGAUACUCAAGACUGGAGAUCUAUAUUCAAGGCGCCUGCAGACCAUGACAUUGCUUCUCUCAUCACUUCUGCCCUGAUUGAAAAACUUUCUAAGACAAAUUCUAGUUUGCAAGGCGAAGUCGAUGUUGUGAAGCCGUUGGUUGCAUAUGGUGUAGAUUCGUUGCUGGCAGUGGAGCUAAGGAGCUGGAUGGCGAGGGAAUUUGGGGCGGAUGUGGCGCUUUUUGAGAUUCAAGGUGUUAUGGGGUUUGAAAGAUUGGGGAGGGUUGUAGCGGAGAGGAGUACUUUUAGAGAGUGAUGGGGAGUAUGUAACAGGGACAUCGGAUGACCCUCAGGGUGCCUUGGG